CAUGUCGUUUGUUAAUUGCCCUCUACCUACUGCAUUCAUCGGCCUCACGAUUCAGUUCAGGCAAUUGAUUUACUAAAUUCCUCCGGCAAGCCGUCUUCUGAUCGUCCGGCGCAAUUUACUGGUGCUAAGACCGUCGCAACCGAGUUCAUAGAUUGGUCAUUUUCGUUCUAAGCAAAUAUUUGAGAUACUGGAGAAGGAGCUAUAGCAAGCGCCAGUCAAAUGUCAGCGGACGCGACGAAUUGGGACGAAGAUGCCUACAGAGAGAGUAUUUUCAAGGAGAGAGAGGUGCAAACUCGGACUGUGUUCAGAACUGCAUGGGCUCCCUCUUUAAAUGGUGGUCCCGAGACAAUCGUGGUCGCCUCCAGUGAUGGAUCCAUUGCCUCUUAUUCUAUCGCUUCCUGCAUCUCUAAGCUGCAUUUUGGUUAUAGCAAUGCUAAAAGUUUUCUGGCAGCAGAGCCUCAUUGCUUCCUUCAAGGGCAUGAUGGGCCUGCAUAUGAUGUCAAAUUUUACGAUAGUGGCGACAAUACUUUAUUACUGAGCUGUGGGGACGAUGGUCACAUUCGAGGAUGGAGGUGGAGAGAAUGUACUGAUAUAGAGAUGCCUAUUUAUUUCCAAGGUAGUCAUAUUGAGCCUGUCAUGGACCUGACGAAUCCUCAAUACAAUGUUGGGAUCUGGAGAGCUGUAAAAUUAAAAUGGUUUUUAAGGGGCACUCUGAUUACUUGCAUUGUAUAGUUGCCCGGAACACUGUCAACCAAAUCAUAACUGGUUCAGAAGAUGGUACAGCACGAAUAUGGGAUUGCAAGAGUGGAAAGUGCAUCCAAGUAAUUGACCCAGCGAAGGAUAAGAAGCUGAAAGGGCACUUCUCAUGUAUUAGAUGCAUUGCUCUUGAUGCAAGUGAAAGCUGGUUGGCCUGUGCUGACGGUCGGAGUUUAUCAGUUUGGAACCUUCCGUCUUCUGAAUUCAUUUCGAAAACUUUGACCCGUUCUUCAAUGCAGGAUAUGGCUUUUUGUGAUAAUCAAAUAUUAGGCAUUGGAGCAGAGCCAUCACUAACCCGGUUCGACGUAAAUGGAUCAAUUCUUUCACAAAUACAAUGUGCCCCUCAGUCAGCUUUUUCAGUUGCCUUGCAUCCAUCUGGCGUCGCAGCAGUCGGAGGCUAUGGUGGUCUCGUGGACGUUAUCUCACAGUUCGGAAGUCAUUUAUGCACAUUCCGGUGUCAAUACAGAUAAAUCAAUAUAACCAAUUGCUUUGCUGCAGGAGUUGGAGGAUGUGCUUGGAAAUUCGAAGGUGCCUGCUCCCAACUUACCAAUGAGUUCCUACAGUUGAAAUACGAUUUCUUUUCUUGGAAGAAAAAUUUUUAGUCGCUGUAUCUUGUGGUUCUUCAAUUUUGAUAUUUUUUAAAUUGACAACAUAUAUGCACUUUUGAUUUAUAACCUAAUAGAAUCAUGGUAGUUUUUUUUAAAUAA